GCUGGCUACCAUGCAUGCGACGUGACACGCAUAGCACGAGUGGAAUGAAUGCUUGUAGCACCCAAAAAAGACACCGGCUCGCGUUCGGGAGCCGACUCCCAUCAUUCACUUAAAAGAGCCGGCUCUUUGAGCCGACACGUUCGCGAACGACCCAUCACUAUGUUGAGGACAGCCAUGGAGGAAGUAAGAGUUUUUACAUUAACGUGUGCUGUUCAAAACUAUGCCUGGGGGAAGGCGGGACUGGAUAGUGAAGUGGCUAAACUGGUACUUGGCGGAGACCCACUAGCUGUCAUUGAAGAGGACAAACCGUAUGCAGAGCUGUGGAUGGGGGCCCACCCUAAAGCCGAUGCUAAGAUCAAGGAUAACCUAACAGGCGAGACCACCCUGGGCCAGUGGAUUGCUCAGUUCCCAGGCUGCCUGGGAUCCAAAGUCAAAGACACCUUCCAAGGCCAGCUGCCUUUCCUCUUUAAAGUGCUGUCGGUCAACACAGCCUUGUCUAUUCAAGCCCAUCCCAACAGGGAGUUGGCUGCGCGUCUUCAUGCUCAGUUUCCAGAGCACUACCCCGAUGACAACCACAAGCCGGAGAUGGCCAUUGCUCUCACUCACUUCCAGGGCCUUUGUGGCUUCAGACCAGUGGAGGAGAUCCUUGGCUUUCUCAAAUCUGUCCCGGAGUUCCGUGCACUAGUGGGCAACGAGGCAGCAGAAGAGCUACGGUGCGUUACGGGAGAUGCAGUACAUACAAGACAGGCUCUGAAGAAAUGCUUCACCCAAAUGAUGAACUGUGAGAAGAAAGUGAUUGUAGAUCAACUCGACAUGCUAAUGAAGAGAGUCACAGGAGACGCUGCAGCAGGGAAAGACACUUCUGAGUGUAAUGGAGCUCUGCUGCUACGGCUCCACUCCCAGUACCCAGGAGAUAUCGGUUGCUUCUCAAUCUACUUUCUCAACUAUGUGGCCCUGGAGCCGAGCCAGGCCAUGUUCCUGGGGGCCAGCGAACCCCAUGCAUACCUAUACGGAGACUGUAUUGAGUGCAUGGCCUGCUCGGAUAACACUGUGCGCGCUGGAUUGACUCCAAAGUACAUCGAUGUGAAUACGCUGUGCGACAUGUUGAACUACACCCCGGCUCCAGCGAGCACCAAGUUAUUUCCACCCGUCAAGGAUUGCUCCGACCCCUUCGUGUCCAUCUACGAUCCCCCUGUGCCAGACUUCACUGUCAUGAGGAUACAGGUACCAGCCUCAGUAAAACAAUACACAGUUGCUGCUUUGGACAGUGCAGGAAUCCUAUUGGUUGUCGAAGGUGACGCAAUAGCCACGUCUGCAGCUGCCCUCUCUGACAUCACGCUGAGGCGGGGCACAGUCCUCUUCAUCUCAGCCAACGAGGCUGUCUCCCUUCAUGUUACGGCCCAAUUGGGAAUGACCAUGUUCCGAGCCUGUUGCCUGCUGUAGUUGCUAGAUUGUGUUACCUUUUAUCUAUUGAGGAAUUUCAGAUUUUAAUAUAUUAAAUAUUACUUCCAAACAAACAACAAAUGUUUAUUUGGGUUAGUUAUGGAUUGAUUUUGAUUUUAUUUAUUAUUCACUGGCAUAUGGCCAACAAGGUAAUUUCACCAGUCUUCUCUAAUGAUAAGCUGCUUAUUGCCUUUUGGUUGAAAGUGUAGCUUCAAGGGCAUCACUGUCUACUCUCACCUACUUGUCUUUAGCAAGCUCCUAUUGAUUCUGCCAAUGAUAGUACUAGUACCACUGCCUGUGGCCCCCUUCGCCCUCUCUCUCUGAUAGUCGCGGUUUGAGAGAUGGAUGCAGCAGAUCGCAACGUCUUUUCUGCGUUAUGCAUUGCACGUUACCCUGGUGUAUUCCAAUCCUAUCCAAGAAACCAAAUAUAAAAUGUAUUAAAGUUCUAAUAAAUGAAAAGUUAAUAUUCGUGGUCAAGA